UCUCGUGGGUGGGCGGUCAUGAGGCAGGGAAGCUCGUCAGCAAGGUAUGGUGGCGGAUUCAGACGCAGCCUCGUCCCUUAAUCUUUCACCUACGUUCUCCUUUUGCUUCCCUCCACAUGGACUUGCAGUGGUACUUACUUUCUUCUUAAAGCGAGAGUCACCUAGCGGCGGGCUGUCCCUCUUCACUCAACCGGCAAGCUCCACUCUGCCGCCCACUUGCCUGGCGCUCCAGCUCUCAGGUGCAGCGUGGAGGAGGAGGAAGAGGAGGAGGGGAAGUGGGUGCCUGAAGCCAUGUGAGGGUAGAGGGGACGGGUUGCUCCACCUCCACCACCUGCCAAAUGUCAUCAACGUUGGCCAAUAUUCCGCACCUUGGAAGACAUGGGCAUUAUCGAUCGGAAUCAUCGGGCUCCUGAAGUCCAAGAUGAUCAAGGAGACGAUGUGGGAGACCUCGCCUGCCUCGACAACGCUCCCCUCCGUCAGGAGACCGCCACUGCUCUCAUAGUGCGGCUGCCAGUCUCCACCCAACAACCUGAGGGAUCCAUGCCUGCGUUCCCUCCACCAAGCCGACCAGCUACCACUAAGAUGGAGCCGAAAAUACGCAUUUCCUUCCUCCCAAGAUGAUCUUGGUCUGUUCAAUCCAGAUUCAAGGGUCCACUAGAUGCCAGUAGUCUGCAGGUGAAAGUGGAAACCUGAAAUGAUUGAGAUGAUUAGGUCAUUCCAAAUCUAUAUAAUUAGGUAAUUCAAAAUUUGUAAGUCAGAAAAACAUUGCACUUUGAUUCAGUGGGAGGAUAGAGGGCAGUGGGAGGAUAGAGGGAUGCCUAGAAUGCAAGAAUAAAUAAAACACGUAUCGAGCUUGUGUAGCAGGUAAGCAUGCACAACUGGCCAUAGACU